UCAGGAACCAGCGCGCGCGAGAGAGAGAGUCGAUCGAGGAGGAAUCGCCUGAGACGAUGAGCGCCGGCCAGCGUAUGCCGUCUCCGCCUGCGGCGGUGGCCGGGCCUCUCCUGCUUCUGUUCGUCGUGCCCUUCUGGAGCCAUGCGGUGUCGGCGGACGGCGGCGCUUCGGCCUGGACGACGGCGCUGCAGAAGCACGUGGCGUUCUUCGACGCCGACAACGACGGCAUCGUCUCCUUCUUCGAGACCGAGCAAGGGCUUCGAGCCAUCGGCCUUGGAGCUGCCGAGGCCACCGUCAAGGCAACCUUGAUCAACGGAGUCAUCGGACCCAAGACCAGACCUGAAAAUGCUACGACGUCAAAGUUCUCAAUCUACAUAGAGAACAUCCAUAAAGGGAUCCACGGAAGCGACAGCGGCUCGUACGAUGCUCAAGGGAGGUUUGUCCCCGCGAAGUUCAACGAGAUAUUCACCAAGCAUGGCAAGGUCGAACCGAAUGCUGUGAACGAGCGCGAGCUGGAGGCGAUGCGCACCGCAAACAGGAUGGACGGCGACGACAUAGGAAGGGCGGCGUCGAAGGCGGAGUGGGACUUGUUGUACAGCCUCGCCAAGGACAAGGACGGCUUCCUUCAGAAGGACGCCGCGCGCACCGUCUUCGACGACAGCCUCUUCGUUCUGCUGGCGAAGGACGGCUCGUCUCGAAAUUAAGCAAGCAUGACUUGUAUUUGUACUUGUCCUGUCGUUGAUUGUUGAUUAUAAGGUCACUGCACAAUUAUUGUCAAUGUAAAAAAGGGACUGUCUAUUUG